AUGAUUGCUAAAUUUCAGGAUGAUCAUAGUCAUAUAAAAUGUAAUUCAAUUGAAUCGAUUUCUUCUACGUUAAAUCCAAUACAUAAUGAUCAUUUUCAAAGUGGUACAUAUGAAUCUGAUCACUUGGUUAAUAAUCGUAUACAACAUAAAGAUCUUAAACAUAAUUCAAUUGAAUUAACUCAUUCAACAUUUAAUCCAAUAUACAAUGAUUAUUUUGAACAUUAUCCAUUUGAAUCUGCUCAUAUACGUGACAAUCCUAUAACAUAUAAUGAUAUUAAAUGUAAUUCAAUUGAAUCGUCUCGUUCAACAUUUAAUCCAAUACAUAAUGAUCAUUUUACACAACAGUCAUUUGAAUCACCUCAUUGUGACGAUUUCUGA